AUGGAAUUGUAUUCACCGGAAGGUUUACGAAUUGACGGCCGAAGGUGGAAUGAGAUCCGCAAUUUUGAAUGUCGAAUAAACACCCAUCCUAACUCUUCAGAUGGCUCUUCGUACAUAGAACAGGGUAAUACGAAAGUCAUUUGUGUGGUACAGGGACCGAUGGAGCCUGCUUUGAGAUCACAAGCAAACUCUAAUGAAGCCACUUUGGAAGUAAAUUUAUCUGUUGCAAAUUUUUCUACGACAGAAAGGAAAAAGAGGUCCAAAUCUGAGAAGAGAAUGGUUCAGCUCAAGACUACUUUGGAAAGAACCUUCCAACAGUCGGUGAUGUGUAACUUAUAUCCACGUACUUUGAUCCGGAUCGACUUGCACGUAUUGUCGCAAGACGGAGGCAUGCUAGCUGCCUGCACCAAUGCUAUGACAUUGGCUCUAAUCGAUGCUGGUGUAUCCAUGUAUGACUAUGUAGCAGCCAUGACAGCUGGGUUGCACGACCAAACGCCUUUGUUAGACAUGAAUGGUUUGGAAGAGAACGAUAUGAGCACUUUGACAAUUGGGGUAAUCGGUAAAAGCGAAAAGUUGUCGUUAUUGAUGUUGGAAGACAAGAUACCGUUGGAUAGACUUGAGUCUGUGUUGGCUAUAGCCAUCGCAGGAAGCCACAAAAUCCGCGACUUGAUGGAUAGUGAAGUCAGAAGACAUGGCAAUAUUCGAUCUCUGAAGUUAGCUAGUUAG